AUGUUCACCUCAUCCAAGUCCCAGCCGCUUUCCAUGUCCCUGCCGAGCCACCUUGGCGCGCCGGCCCCUCCCCCCCGCCGUGUGCGGCCCCUCACUCCUGCGGAGCAAUAUCAGCAGGCGGUGGUCACCGCGCGGGUUUUUUUAGAGGGCAGCCGAGGGCGCGUCGCGCGCGUGAUGGAGCGCUACGGGGCCGUCGCGAACAGCACCUAUUGGUUUUACGGCUACUUCGGCGCGAACAUGAUGGCGACGAUGGCGCUCUGCCUUAGCCUUGGCCGGCGGAUGCCGUUGGUGCGCUCGUACAGCGGAUGGAUCGCGAUGGCCGGGGGCUACUUCGGCGGGAAACUCUGCCUGGGGGUGCACACCUCGUACCUCCUCUCAGACGUGAUUAAGCAGCUGGAUCGUGAGAUUAAGGAGUCGAAGACGAUGGACGAACGGAUGGAGCAUUUAAUACCGGAUUACCUCGAAGAGGCUAAUCGUUUAACGAAGAUGAAGUUUGAGUUGAUGCCGACUCUGCCCGAAGCGAUCGCCGCGCAUGCGGACACCCAUGAGCAAACUCUCGACGAAAGAGCAGACGCCCUUGUAAACGCGUUUUUGAAGAGGAAAGAGGCACUCGACAAAAAAUCCUAGUUCACAUUCAAAGCGUUAGUUCGUUUCUAAAAAAAAAACUGAUGUUUUUUCAUAGGAAAAAGGUGAGGACCUUAUCGUGAUGUGGUAUGUCAGGCGUUGCUUUUUAUGUGUGUUGUGAACUGAGAGAGACCUACAGAGACUGAAAUUUCAUUUAUGAUAGCAAUAUAUCGAACCCCAACUAAACUAAAUCGAUUUUCUGCUAUUCAUAUUAAUACUUGCGACAUCCAUGAAGUUACGUUUCCAAACUUCAAAAAAA